UUAAUAGUUUAUUUUUUUGUUGCUUUGUUUGGUUUAUCGAUACAUUUUAUUUUUUGUUUUGAUUCAAUGUAAUCUCAUGCUUCUGCAUUAGCACAUAGAACUAUAGCAAUAAUAAAAAUAAUUUUUGGCUGUGUACCACUUACAAUUCAAAACCCCCAAAACCACUGGAACUGUCACUCAAACUCUAAGUACAAGUAUGUCUUCAACUUCAGAAGACAACCAAAACAAGGAAACGCCUAACUUAGCCACAGGCACUUCUACUGCACACAUUGCUACAGCUGCAAGCUCCUCCUCAACAGCUUAUCCACUCACUUCUACAACUGCUUACCAAAGCAAUGUCCCGGAGGUUACAGGCACUUCAACUACAGACAUUUCUACAGUGGCAAGCUCCACUUCAUCUGCUUUUCCACGCAUUCCUAGAACUGCUAAUCAAAACAGUGAUGUGACGGCUACAGGCACUUCAUCUGCAGACAUUUCUACAGUGGCAAGCUCCUCUUCAUCUGCUUUUGCACGGAUUCCUAGAACUGCUAAUCAAAACAGUGAUGUGAGGGUUACGGGCCCUUCAACUGCAGACAUUUCUACAGCUACAAGCUCCUCCUCAUCAGCUUAUGCACUCACUUCUACAACUGCUUACCAAAGCAAUGAUGCGGCGGCUACAGGCACUUCAACUGCAGACAUUUCCUCAGCUGCAAGCUCCUCUUCAUCAUCUCUUCAUCAGCUCAUCAUAGCAUAUCAACAAAAUUAUGCUAGCUUAAGUCAGUCUUUAUUUACAGCUGGCAUGCCACAAACUGUGAAUUUUCCAUUGCAAAAGCGCCAAAAAGUCGAUCGUAUGAAAAUACAUUUACCAUUGCCCGCAAAGAAUUCAGUCAGUGCCACUAUACCAUUUCCUCCCAACUGGCACGAGCAUAUGCAUUAUGUAUCUCAAUCAUUAGCUCCAUACCAACUUUAUCCGAUUAAUUCGAUGACCGAUGAAUUUCAAAAAUUGGCUGAACUGUUGCAUCCACUUCAUAUCAAUAGUAUUGAUCAAAUCGUUAAUCCUAAAGUUUGGAAUCGCUUCGUAAAUGGAAGAAAGGAAAUGCUCAAGGCAAAGUGCAAUGAUCCGAUGCUACUGAGACAACUCGGUCUAACCGACGCAGAAAUUGCGAAAAAGAAACAGUCACUGAAUUUCUUUCGCCACAAGGCUUUGGAUGCUGCACCAUAUAACGACAAUUUUGUUCUUCUUUUCCAUUGUACAAGAAAUCCGGAAAACAUUGAAUUUAUCCAACGUGACGGUUUCGACGAAAGAAUGAGCCGAGGUGGAAUGCUGGGCAAAGGGAUUUACUUUUCUGACAAUUUCAAGAGAUCAAUUCGUUAUGACGGGUGUGGUGGUGUUCUCUUCAUCUGUGGAGUGUUACUCGGAGAUUGUGUAUCGAACCCGGAAAUUGUCACUACAUCGUUAAUGAAAGAACCGGAAAAAUUGCAAGCCGAACGACGGUAUAUCGACGACAAUUAUUUCGAUUCAGUGAAUGGAAUAUUAAUGACGGGGUCAGUACAAGCCACGGACCAAUAUACAGUCUACAACAGAUAUCAAUGCUGUCCGAUGUACAAGGUGAAUUAUCGCCCGAAGAUAACAGCUGAUGCUACUGUAAUUAGACCACCGUUCGUUUGGCCAGCCGAAAAUGAGCCCUAUCCAUUAUCAGAUAACUCAUCGUGGGCGUUUCAUGCCAAAACAAUUUUUGACGCAAUGAAUGGAUGUGGGCAAAUUCCGCCAAUUUGGCUUUCCAUUCCAGUCGCUCAAGAGUCGCUCGAUGAGAAGUUGGAAAUCAUAAAAAACCUUGGUUACACCGACGCUGAAUUGAAUUUAAAAACUUUGAAGGAAAACAAUUUCGAAACGAAGCCGACAGUGGACGUACUCUUACAACGAAAUAUCGAUGAAGCUCUGAAAUUGCAAAGAAAAGCUGAUGCAGGAAACACAAAUGAAUCGGAAUCGGAAACCGAAGGAUCCUCAUACCAUUCGUCGACUGAUGAUGAUGGUGAGGGAUCGUCAUACCACACUUCGACCGAUGAAGAUAAUCCAAAGCCAUCAACAUCGAAAACUCAUCGAUUGCGAAAGAAAUCGGUACCGUCAACCGAUAAGGAUUGUUCAAUUUGCUACAACUCAUAUGCUAAAAAGUCCAACAAUUGGAAGAAAAUCCCACAAUGUGACCACAAGCUGUGUAUGGAUUGUUACAAAAAAAUUGAAAUUACUCGAAAAACAAUGACCGGUGCUGAGCACACCUUUCUAAAAUGUCCCUUUUGCCUUAUCACAUCUGGCAUUGAAAUUGGAAUAUGCCCGAAUGGAGAGAUGACUGAAAGACUGAUUUCGACACAUUGUGACGGCUAUGAGGAUUGUGACACCAUAAUGAUCACAUACACGGUGAAAACACCUUUUGACUCAUCUACAUAUCCAGACAUGCCUCCACAGUCAUUGGUAGGCGCACAUCACGCCGUUCGAAGAAUCGCAUACCUACCAAACAAUAAAGAAGGACAGAAAAUUUUCUAUCUUUUACGUAUCGCAUGGAAUCGACGUAUUAUCUUUACGAUCGGUACGAGUCUGUCGACUGGUCGUCAAAAUGCAUUGGUGUGGAAUAUUCAUCAUAAAACCUCGCAGAAGGGUGGUGUUUCUUGUCAUGGAUAUCCCGAUGCCACCUAUUUGGAUAGAGUCAGAGCAGAGUUAAAAGGUUUCGGAAUCGAAUGAAAUUACAACUAAAGUCUAAAGUUCUAUGGUUAUGUUGACCAUUAUAGCUACAAGAAAAUUGAAUUACCUCGACUAUGUUACCCGCGCACGGUGAGCCUGAAAAUGUCCAUACCUGAUGGAGCAAAAAAAUGACCCAGGUCCCAAAACAAAGAAAAAUUCGUCUAUCUCAAAAUUUUUCCGUACCCUCGAUUUUGAUUUUAUGUGAUUCUUAAUCACGGGGCUGCCGUCUACUAAUAUGAAGCAAAAAAAUUCAUGUGCACGACACAUCAGGUAUGGACAUUUUCAAGCUCAGCGUGCGCAUUUUUUACAUUUUAAGUAGUAAGUGGCAGAUGUUCAGGAACAGACCUAUUUAUCUGCCAUAUGCGACGCAGAUUUUUUUUAGUAAAUUUUAUGUUAUUUUCUGUUUUUUUUUUUAAUAAAUAAAGAUAUCUCCGAACUUAGUCCAAGUCCAAAAUUUAGAACCCGCCUCCUGUAGAAGAAAGGACCAGCCUCUUUUCAAUUUAAGUUCAUAAUGUUAACGUUAAAGGUGUGUCUAAUUUAAGUGAAAUAGC